UAAAUAAUAAUUAAUAGACAAAUUAAAACAACAAUAACAUGAUCGAUAUUCAUAUGAUUAAUAAUAAAGGAUUUAUUUGGAAUGCAGAUGAUUGGUACAUUUUACGAACAACCCAUCGUAUGUUGGGAAAUUUGAUUGGAACUUUACCUUCCACGCCACGCCAAGAAGAUCAAAAUGGUCUUCCUUGCCUUUUAUUAAUUGAAGAAGUUCGAUUAUUGGUUGAAAAUUGUAUAGGUCGAACUGUUGAGUAUCCAUCUUUUACAUCUUUACAUAUUAAAGAAACAGCCAAAAUCAAUCCAUCUGAUAUAUUACCUAAUGUCAUGUUACAUCUUGAUGAAAAAUGUUCAAAUGUAAUUGAAGUUCCAUUACCAGAGUUUAUUAAUGAUUUGGAAAGAAUCAGAUAUAAAGUUUUUAAAGAUCUAUGGUCAAAAGGCUUUUAUUUAACAUGUGGUAUGAAAUUUGGAGGUGAUUUUUUAGUCUAUGAAGGUGAUCCUUUAGCUUAUCAUGCUAAAUAUAUAGUCAACUGUAGAGAUUUGGACAAGCAAAUAAUGGUUUCACGUAGUAGAGUUAGUUCAAUUACUAAUAAAAAAAUGGUAUUAGCCAAAGUUGAUGGAAACUCUAUAUUAUAUUUAAUUUAUCAUUUAGAUGAUACAUCUCAG